GCGCUGUUGCGGACCCGCGAGUGCACUUGCUGUUUCACCGGGGGCUGCCGCUGCGGGGCGAAGCCUCGGGGCGAAAAGGCAGCAGCAAAAAGGGAGGAGACAGCAUCUUUUCCUUCACUUUGUCUGCCUUUGGGCCCCCCAAGGCUGCCGACUCCGCCUGCCUUCCCCCCUUCAACAUCGGGGCCAUUGCCCAGCACUUCCACGGCCUUCUGCAG